AGCGGGCUUUCUCAUCCGUGCAUCACCCGUGGCAUGUUGUUAUGCAGGGCAUGAUGAACAAUUGCUGGUUCAGGGUGAAGAUUCAUCCUUGCUGGUUAGAAGAAGGUUGCAUUGGCGUGCGUUUUGAGCAUCCAACUCAGCCAGGGAAUCAGAAAGGUGGCUGGAUGGUGAAACCGAAAGAAGCAGAGAGCAGCGACGAUCCAUCCCACGCAGAGACUCGGCUACCUGACGGAGGAGAUGUUAAGUCCAUUCAAACCCCAGCAAAACCCAAGAUCCCUAUGUCUGAGGUUAAGGCGCAUGACACGAAAGAGAGCUGCUGGAUUGUCGUCCGUAGCAAGCUGCGAAUGGGACUGGGACUGGGACUGGAACUGGGAAUGGGACUGGAAAUGGAAAUGGGAAUGGGAAUGGGAAUGGAACUGGGAAUGGGGCUGGAAAUGGAACUGGGAAUGGGACUGGGAAUGGAACUGGAAAUGCUGCGUGUGGAACUGAUAAUGUGGGUCUAUGAUUGCACGGCAUUCUUAAACAAGCACCCCGGAGGAGCACAGAGCAUUCUGACAAAUGCAGGCCAAGACGUGACGGAAGACUUUUAUGCAAUCCAUUCAAAGAGUGCCAUUGAGUUGCUGGAGCAGUAUUUUAUUGGAGAUCUGGAUGUGAGACGGCCAGACACGAGCGGUCUUCAGCCUGAACAGCCACCAUCGCCAGCAGAUGGGCGCACAGCAGCGCAGGUGGCUGUUUCAAGGGAACGGACCGUAGCUCUCAAUCCCAAGGAGUGGGUGAGAAUACAGCUUACAGAGAAGGAGAUCUUGACGUCAAACGCACGGAGAUUUCAGUUCGCUCUUCCCUCGAGGACCCAUGUCCUUGGUUUACCUACAGGCCAGCAUGUAUACUUGAAGGCAAAUGUAGAUGGCGAGCAAGUUAUCAGACCGUACACUCCGAUCUCGCUGGACGAUGACGAAGGUAACACCGGUUACAUGGAUCUAGUAGUGAGGAUAUACUUCAAGAAUGAACACCCAAAGUUUCCUCAAGGAGGUGUCUUCUCCCAAUACUUAGAUUCCUUACGGAUCGGCGAUUUGAUUCUCGUGAAGGGGCCGAUCGGCAACUUGAAGUUCUUCGGGAGGGGCUGGUUGCAAAGACAGCAGAUGGGAACGCCCUUGCAUUUCCGCCGCCUUAGCAUGGUGGCCGGAGGCACUGGGAUUACGCCCAUCUAUCAGGUCAUCAAGUCAGUUUUGCAGGACUCAGACGACUCGACUGAGAUGGCCCUUGUGUAUGCAAGCCACUCCGUUGACGACAUUCUUUUGCGCAAGCAGCUCGAGCAGUGGGCGAUCACUUAUUCCGCUCAGUUCAAGCUCUGGUUUACCGUCAAUCGCCCGCCUCCUGAAGGCUGGAUGUUCGGUUCCGGUUUCAUCAAUGAAAGAACCCUCCACUCGCAUCUCUUCCCACCAGACGCUGAAACAUUCGCCUUGCUCUGCGGCCCACCGGGCAUGCUGAACGUUGCAUGUAUUCCCAAUCUUCAGAAGCUUGGGUAUGUGAAUGAUCGUAUCAUAUGUUUCUGACCAUAGUCGUCAUCUUCUUCGUCUCUUUUUUUUCCUCUUUCUGUGGAGCAUUCCCUAUUCCAGUCUUGGUUUUCUCAGGUGUAUUUGCGCUUUCGCGUGCUUUCAGUUUUUGGUGGCGGUUGGUCUUUUCAGUACAUGCGCGUUCGAGUUUAGGUCUUAGGUCUCCUCCCCAAGGAUUGCGUCCUUCCGCACCCUUUCUUUUUUUUUUUUUGAGCUGCUCUUUGGCCUGCGUGUGAGCGUGAGCGAAGCUGCGGCGGGACCGACUUGUUGUAGUAAUGAAUAAUCUGCAGUAGAGUGACGUUAAAUAAAACUCCAUAAAAUAU